GUUCAGUCGCCUGUUCAACGUUGUUGAAGCUGCAUCUCAUCUCGGAUAUUUUAAAAAGAAAUAAUUUACUUAUUUUCUUUUUUUUUUCUAUAAAAAAAGAGCAUUUUAACAUCAAAAAAAGAGUUGAUUUAACGAUCCUGUAGGAAAAAAAAAUUAAAGAAAUUGAAGCAAAAAAAGCUUUUUUUGCAAAGCAACUUGCUGUGAGUUAGUGUGUGCGUGUGUUUUGGAAAAGCCGGUCAUUGUCCUGUUCUCAUUUUAUUUGCCGGAAAUAUUUCUUAUCUUUUGCAAAAAAACACAAUUUUUCUGGUAUAUAGGAGAAAUUUUUAAACUUCGGCAACCAGUCUGUCAGCAAAAGAAGAAGAAAAAAAAAUAGACGUUAAAAUAUUCAACUUCGUAAAAAAAAACUGUGUGUGUGUGUGUGCAGCUACAAACAGCAAAAGCAAACGAAGUCGACGACGACAACGAUAAGCAAACUUGCAGGAAAAGCGACAACAGCAACAACAACUUUGACAGCCAGCGACGUAAUUGUCUCUACACCAAAAAACCUUUAAAUUUUAAACAAAAAAAAAAAAGAAAAAAUUUUUAAGUUUUUCUUUAAACAAUUUAUAAAAUUACUGUUUUUCUUAAUAAAAACCCCAACAGUUAAAACUUUUUAACAAGAAAAACAAACGAAAAAAACAUGGUAACCAUGGAAAAUGCCGAAGAAGUUAUGCAAAUUUUGGAUCGUUUUACUCGUCUCAAGCAAAAAGAAAUACCCAAGGAAUUAGAUGAAUACUUGGGCUAUGUGGCCAAGACUGGUGAUACCGUUUUUAAAUGGGCCUCUUUGAAAUAUCUUUUCAGAGAAAAGCUACUUAAUGUUAUAAAAAAUUUCCAUGAUACCACUCCUCGUAUAGAUGAAAUUCCCCAAUAUCCCAAUGUUGAUCCCUUCAACUAUGAAAGCAUGAAAUCAUCUUUAUUGGAACGUUUAGAACUAUUCAAUGCUGCUCCAUUUACCAUUCAACGUUUGUGUGAACUUUUAAUUGAUCCACGCAAACAAUACAGUCGCAUUGAUAAGUUUAUGCGUGCCUUGGAAAAGAAUAUUCUUGUCAGUACCGUGGAGCCAGGACGUAAAAGAACUGAAUCAGAAAAUGGUGACUCCUUGGAUUCUGUGGUCAAUGGUGAUCUAUCAUUGGACGUUAAUGUAGACAUUGAUAUGGAAGCUGAUGGUUUAUUUAAUAAUACCGAAAAUACCAAUGGCAAUGGUACGGCCAGUAAGGCCGAAGUGGAAGCAGCUAAAGAGGAGAGUAGCAGCAAUAAAGCGGAAGAAAAGACCGCCACUAAAAAUACUCAUGCCAAUGAUGAUGAUAAUUUGCCAAAUCCUAAAAAACCUAAAUUAGAUUUGCCAGAAGAGGAAAAACAAAAGGAAGAAGAAAAGGAGAUGGCAGUAGAAAACAAAAAGGAAGAGGAAACUAAGGAUAAGUUGGUAGAGAAGGAAGAAAAGAAGGAGUUGUUAGCAAAGGAAGAGAAAUCGGAAAAGGAAGAGGAAAAGAAAAUGGAAUGUGAAGAGGAAAAGGUGGUGGAAAAGAAGGAAGAAGAUGUUAAGUUGGAAGAGGCUGCCAAAGAUGAGUUAACUAAGCCGGAGGAAAAGAAAGAAGCUUUAGAUAAGCCAGAAAAAGUAGAAGACGUAGAAAUGGAGGAAAAGGUGGCAGAAGUAGAGAAAGUAAAGGAGCAAGUUAAAGAAGAAGAGAAAAAGGUAGAGAAGAAAGAAACAGAGAAACCAGCAGAGAAACUGGAAGAACAAGCUAAAGAAGAAAUUAACAAAAAAGAAGAAGACACUCCUGCUAAAGAAGAAACAAAACAAGAAGAAAAAGAAGCAAUGGAAGUAGAUGGCAAAAGCAAGGAAGAAACAAUUAUAAAGCAAAAAGAGGUAGAAGAAAAGAAAGAACAAGAAAGAACAGCAGCAGUGGUGGAGAAACAAGAAUUGGAAAAGGGAGAAAAAGAAGAAAAGGUAGAAACAGAAAAAUCUAAAGAAAAGGCUGAAACAAAAGAAGAAAGUGAUAAAGAGAAUCAAGAACAAAAUGAAAUGAAAACAGAAGAGGUUAAAGAAAAAUCUAAAGAAAAGCAAGAAGAAAAAGUAGAAGAGAAAAAAGACAUUCCACAAGAAAAAGCAAAAGAAGAAAACGUAGAAGAUAAACAGCAGAAAGAGGAAAAACAAACACAACAAAAAGAAGAAUUAAAAGAAAAACCGGAAGAAACAAAAACUAAUGAAGAGAAAGAAAAAGCAUUAGAAAACGAGGAAACUAAAAAGGAAGAUGAAACUAAAGAGUUAGAAGAAACUCAAAAGUUAGAAGAAACUAAAAAGUUAGAAGAAACUAAAAAGACUGAUGAAGAAGAAUCUUUAAAAGAACAAACAAAAACCGAAGAAGUAAUAGAAAAACAACAAGAACAACAAGCUAAAAAAGAAGAAAAAGAAUCCGCAACAGAAAAGAAAGAAGAAGAGGAGAAGGUAAAAGAAAAAGAAGAAAAAUUACAAGCUAAAGAAGAAGAAAGGGAAGAACAAAAAGAAACAGAAAAAGAAAUAACUGCUAAAACAGAAGUAAAAACAAAAGAAAUUAAUGAUGCUGAAGAAACACCUCUCAAGGAAGCUAAAAGCGAAGAAACAAAAGAUAAAGUGGAAACUGAAGCAGCUAACAGUAACUCUGCCGCACCUCCAGCACUUGCUCUCAACGAUCAGCCCAUGGUGGAAGAUGUAGCCAUAGAAGAAGCAACUACUACGCCUUUAGUGGAAGAAGUUGUAAUGGCUGAACCACCACCAGCCUCUGCAGAGGCUAAAGAAGCAAAUGUUAACACCUCUAAUGCUACUGCCAUGGCCACUGAUGAUACAACUACAGCCAACAAUACCAGCACUAAUCCCAAACCCGCAGAAGAAGAACCUUCUGGCAUGGAAGUCGAUGAUACCAGUCAAGAAGCCAUGGAUCAGUAAAUUUCAACAAUAUUUUUCAAUAUUAUUUUUCAUUUAAACAAGAAAGAAAACUCUCUCUUAAUAUUUAAGCAAAACUAAGGAAACGCUUUAAGCGUUUUCUAUAAAACGAUUCAAAAAGAAUGAUUAUAAAAAAAUCCUUAAAAAAAACAUUAAAAUUAUUAAAAAAAACAAACAACAAAA